CCGACCGAAUAACCGAGCCCAUAGUAAGUGUUAACUGUUAAAUAUAUGUAAGCCCACUAGCCCAGACCAAAUCUUUUAGUUAUAGCCCAAUGAAAAAAAACCCAAUUCCACUUCCCAGCCCUUCUCCCUACCCGAUUUCCAACCCUUCUCCCAAGUCGGCCGAAAUUCACAGAUCUCAACCCCUCAACCCCUGUGUCGUUCUCGUCUUCUCCGCCCUCACGAAUCGGCAAUCAGCAUCUCACAUUCUCCCAGUUCGUGCGUUCUCAAGCCUACGCCAUUCACGCCAAGAUCUCGGCAAUCACCAUCUCCGUUCCGGCGUCACCAAUCGGCUAUCACCAGAUUUGUCGAAACUCAAGUUGGAUCCCGUUAUUGAUGCUUAGAGAUGUGAAGACAUUAAGAUCUUGGUUUUGGUAAUCCGAUUGAUGGUGAUGGGUGACAUCCAGUUCUGAAGGAAUUGAGCAUGAAGUCAUGGGAGCAUUUUCAGUUUAUUAUUAUUUUGAACUUUUUAAAGCUCUACUUGGAUUGUUA